AUGCGCCAUCACUUAGGCAAAGGAUUAGUUGGUAAGGGAUACGGAACCCAUUUUCGAUCCUCCCUAGCCUAUCAUUUUCUCUACUUUGAGCAGGGAUUUAACUCCCUGCUUCUAAGCGCCGUAACUAUCUAUAGACAAGCAAUCACUGUGGGACUGGGCGGAAUUGAACAUCCUCUCUUCCUGCCGCCCAGCAUAAUUGCCAUUAGGAGCAAGAACCACUAUAUAAGAGAGUGGUGUGAACUAUGCCUCUUCCUUUCUAAUUUAUCUCAUUCAUCUCAAAAUCUCCCCAAAGAACACAAUUCCCUAAAAACUUUUGGGAUUGCCUUUAUCGAAGGUUUCCAAAAGCUUUUUAAAGAACAUACACCAGGAGGGCGCAUUCUUCCGCCUAAGACCGACAAGAAUGAUAGAAACGCCCAACUCCGUGUCGACGCUGGGGAGGUAAUUAAUGGCCGCAGACAUAUCUAUCUUCAGGUUAAUACCCAAGCAACAAAUGAAGCGCUUAAGAAGUGGAUUAAGAAGAAUGGUACCCAUGCAAACCUUGCAACUGCUUCCUUCGAUAUCAAUACCAAGGAGGAAGAUAAAGAGGGGCGAAGCAGGCAAAGGAUAAUUUGGGUUAGCGUAUGUAAUAGCUUGAAUAAAUUUAUGAGAUGUGUUGUCUAA